AUGGACAGCGUUUCUGAUUAUUUCUCCUUUUUAAGGCUUAAUAAAAACACUAAUACCAGUGAUGAUAAGAAGAAAACACCGGAGCCAAUUACCCUGGCACCUUUGAGGAGGAAACUAAAACCAGAUGAUUAUAUGAGCCGCGUACAAGUGGAGGACCAUAUAAUUCCAAUAUGGGAAAGAGAAACAGAAGUUUCGGAGGAAAAGAAACCCGUGGAGGAUAUAACUAUGUCAUAUUCUUAUAGUUUGCUCAGUUUUGUAUCUAGGUCCAUCACCGAGGGAACAGUCUCAUCCUACGAGUCAGACCAUUUUGAACUACUGAGUGAAUCAGAUAUCGAAGAAAAUGAGGUUAGAGGAGUCUAUUUGCACGAACUUCAACACAUGACUAAUACUGAUAUCCCAAGUCCCGAAGCAUAUCCGUUGUACAUUAAAGGAUUAACUAUAAAUGGAAACACUGUAGAAUGUAUUGAUGCAUCGCCUUAUUCUCAGCAAUUUCCAGUAAUUCUAUAUGAGUGGUUCAUCGGAGUUGAAUAUAAUUCACUUGAUCGCUAUUCUCCAGAAGCACUAUAUGACGGGAAAACAUUUAAAAUUCCAUUUGAAGCUAUCGGUAAAUAUAUAUUCUGCAGGGGUCACAGACUUGUUGAGGCUCAAUUAAAAGUUAAUAACAUGUUCUCAAACUCAGGACCUUAUGACCCGCACAUAAACGUAUUCCAAAACUCAUACCCAAAUGAGAAAAAAUUCCAUAAUAUAUCAACUCUAUGCUCUGCUGGCCCUGUGGACAUAUCUAACGACCUGGCCUUGAGGAUUCUCGAGAACCUAAGCGAGGAUUUUUCAACAGAUUGUAUUUUAUGUUACAACAAAGACUUUAAAAGCGGUAUAACAUACGAGAAGUCAAAAUUACUGAAUCAAGUUGUGGAUGUAAAACUUCAAAUAACUACAAAACUCUGUAUUGUGGUUUCAAAGGAGGACAAAGACAGGCACAAAAUCUUUUCAAUUGGAGCAUUUGAUACCAAAAUCAGCGAAGAUGAAGAAUCGGAGGAUACGGUCUCGUUUGAACAAUCUUUAGAGGAUAUAGUGGUCCAGGAUUCCAAACACUCAGAUACUGAGAUUUCAUUCGGAACAUACGAGGAGAAAAAAAUUAAAAAUUAUUUUUCGCUAAAGUUUGAUGAUAGAAUCCAAUGUGUUACCGUUUUGUAUACUAUUCGAGCCUUCAUGGCCCAGCAGAAGAGUGGAUUCCCGCGGGAUUCUUGGAGUGAAGCUCUAGAUAAGGGCGAUUUGGACUUUGUGGUCAAAGUCGUAAGAGAAUACCUCUCUUCAAUAUAG